AUGUUUCAAAAAAAAGAGUUGACAAUACUAUUGAUGAGCGAAACAGGUGUGGGAAAAUCUACAUUCAUUAACGCAUUCGUAAACUAUAUGUCUUUCGAGAGUAUGGAUGCGGCGAACGAACGGCCCAUAUGUUUAAUACCCGUAAGCUUUACGAUGACUGACUCGAAGACAAUGAGACCAGAGAAGGUAACACUCGGUAAUGAGAAUGACAACGAAAAUACUAGAGACACAACACAAUCGGCCACAAAGUAUCCCAAAUGUUAUACAUUUGAAACGGCGACGAUUGUGCUCAAUAUAAUCGAUACGCCGGGAAUUGCGGACACGGAUGGCGUGGAUAAGGAUAAUAGAAAUAUGCAAAUUAUUUUCGAUUUUAUUAGCAAUUAUCGGGAAAUCAACGCCUUUUGUGUGCUUUUAAAGCCUAACGAAGCGAGACUCGGAGUUGUGUUCAAGUAUUGCAUAUUUGAAUUGUUCACUCAUUUGAAUAAAAGCGCUGCAAAUAAUAUACUAUUUCUGUUUACAAACUCCCGGAGCACUAACUACUUGCCCGGAGAAUCGGGUCACGCAUUGUUAAGCUUAUUGAACCAAAUCAAAGAAAAUCCGCCAAAUGUUGACAUCCCUUAUGACAAGAACACAAUCUAUUGUUUCGAUAACGAGUCCUUCAGAUAUCUCGUGGCAUCGGUUCCGCCAAAUGAUAUACAGCUUGACCCGCGAUUUAAAUCCAGUUAUGUUGAAAGUUGGAACAGAUCUGUGGAGGAAUGUCAACGACUAUUUGAUCGUAUAAUACAACUGCCGCCGCAUAAAGUGAUGGACACACUAUCGGUGAAUAACGCCAAACAAAUCAUUCAAUUAUUAAUCAAACCGUUGGCCGACAUCUCGAAGAAUAUCGCGGAUAACGUAAACCAAUGCGAGAGACAUAAGAUUGAAGUGAAUAAGUUUAAGGGAACUAUUGAAGAGUUAAACACUAAGCUAUUCAUACCAUCGGUUGAGAUAAUAACCGUACCGUUGGGUCGGCCGCAGACUGUGUGCACCGCUGAGCGGUGUAUUGAACGGGUGACAACCCACGGCGUAAUUCAUACUAUUUAUAAAACCAAAUGCCAUUCGCCAUGCUACCUCGAUUAUAUUGACGUUACCGUCGUGGGCAAAAGUGAUUUACUCAGAUGCAAAGCGUUUAACGAAUCAAGCAAUUGCCUAUCAGAGACAGAGUGCCGGGUGUGUGGCCACAGUUAUACUGAGCACAUGCACCUGAUGAUCGAUACGCAAACUAAAGUGACCAUGGUGCGCGACAAGGAUGUGGGCUCGCAGAUCUAUUCUACGCAAUCGGCCGCUGAGACCAAAGAGAUGCACAUCAGAGGUCUGGACAAACGGAUCGCUGAAAUGAAGACUGAAAACGAGACAAUCGCCAAAUCGAUGUCAAUGUUUGCCUGUUUUCUAUCCAACAAUGCGUUGACGCCUAUAAACGACGCGUUUGAGGAAUACGUGCGACACCUGAUAGCCAACGAACGGCACAACACGUCCGCCGGCGCCGACUCCGGGGCCACAAUCACACGACUCGAGCAGGUGUUGAGGGAAUACCACAGAGAGAAGCAGAUAAUCAUAAAGGAAAUGGACGGCUCGGCCGCCAAUGCCAAGGGUUCGGCCAUUACUAUCGAAGAGAUAGAUGAUCGCGUCAACCAACUGUGCUCACUUAAGCAUAAAGGUGGCGAAAUUCGGGCCAUGUUGGAUCAACUGAAACAGGCCAAGAACUGUAUUAUUACUAAACAAUAA